CUCGGCGAUACCAGGAGAUCUGACGACAUCUAACGGGCUGGUGAGGCUAGGUCUUGCUGUAAUGGCAAAUCUAUCUACACUCCUACUAGAGGCGGCGGCCGGAUCCGAUCAGACGACUUCCUGUGUGGUUAAAUUCAAUGCACAUACUGUUCAAAAUAAUCAAAGAGAACGGUAUCGCUCUUAGAAAACUCUUUGCACAGCCCUUAAUAAACUAGUGACACUCAUUCGGUGCCACUAUCCCAAUAUUCUUGGAACGGCCUCUAGCAUCAAUCCUCGAGAUGAAUACAUAGUAUAUCUUGUUACGAAGCAUACAGAGGAAAGUACUAAUCUCGAUACGCCAAAAAUCCGUGCAGCAACGAAUGCUAACACGGAGAAAAUGAUUUCCACUAUGGAUAUCGUCGACUCCGAAUGCUUGGAAGCUGAGAAACCAAAACUUCGCUUGAUUUAUUCGGAAACCAUUGAACCUCCAUCUAUCAUACUCGACCCCAACGACCUGCAGAGUGCAGAUACUCUUUGUCCUGACAAGAUGGUUGCACAUAUUGUUUUAGCAGAUUUAGAUAUGAUUGUGAAAUUAGGCCAUGGGGUUGGUUUAGGCGAAGCUGAAGCGAUGCAUCUGGCAUCUACUCGCACGACCAUACCUGUACCGAAGCUUCUCAGCGCAUAUAUCCUUGAUGGUGCGAUUCUAUUCGUCGCAUUGGACAAAUCACCUUGUCGAGACGGCAUCUUCGAGGCCGGCUACGGCGACUACACCAAGUACAGCUACGUCCGUACACAUCCGAGGAAAGCUUCAACGAGGGGCUCCUUCACAGCUUUGCGAGAUCAACUAACCCCGAAAGUGCUCGAAGGUGAAAAUGACAUUGAAUCGAAUUUUUCUCAACAGCGAGUACAUGCUGUACCAAACAAUCCGAGGUCUGAGAAGCCACAAGAUCGAAACAUACUUGUUCGGACUGACGGCACCAUCGUCUUACUGGACUGGGGUCUAGCUGGAUUUUACCCGGAGUACUGGGAGUUCUACCGUGAGCUUCAUAGUUUACCCUGGAGAACGUCAUGGGAUCAUAUGGUGGAGAAGUUCAUUCCCCCCUUUUAUGUUGAGUAUGCUGUGAUUAAUCGUGUAUUCGCAACGGUAUCGAACUAA